CAUGGUCUAGUCCUGUGAAGGCACCUGAAGUGGCAUUCAGGCAGCAAAGUCCUAACAGCUGAAACAGCAUCAGAGCACGAAGACUUCUGUGUGCAUAUUUUAUCUGCCAAGGGAGAAGAGUAACAUCAUUCCACUUUGCCUACAGGAAAAUUGUAGAGGAAUCCAAGCACGGGAUAAGUUUAAAAGAAUAAGAUUGCCCUGCUGAUCCCUGCUGCCUUUAAACACCAUUCAGUUGCACAGAAAUUUCAUGUGGAAGUUGCAAGUGGUUUAUAUUGCUAUAAAAUGAGGGUUGCGGUGAGUCCUUGGGAGAGCCGAGUCCCCGCCUCUGGCUCCGGGCGUCCGGCGCUGCUGGUCCCGGCGCGGCACAUAAUCUGGAGAAUGUGAAAAUGCAUUGGCCACAUUUUGCGUUUUUGUAGAAUUACAGAAUGUGAAAUAAAGCCUUGGAAAUGGCUCUACAAAAGAGAGACCUAAUCUUGCAAGGCUAGAACUGUAAUGCAGAGCAGCUGGAAGUAGUUAAAUCCUGGAACCACUGCUGCUUUGGUUGCAUCCUCCAACAUGACCAAUCCUCAGCCAACAAUUGAAGGUGGUGUUUCAGAAGUUGAGAUCAUUUCCCAGCAAGUGGAAGAAGAGACCAAAAGCAUUGCUCCUGUGCAGCUUGUUAAUUUUGCUUAUCGAGAUCUACCUUUAGCUGCCCUUGAUCUGUCUGUGGCUGGGUCCCAGCUUUUGUCAAAUUUGGAUGAGGAGUACCAAAGAGAGGGAUCUAACUGGCUAAAACCGUGCUGUGGGAGACGAGCAGCUGUGUGGCAGGUAUUUUUGCUCAGUGCAAGUCUCAACAGUUUCCUGGUAGCCUGUGUAGUAUUGGUGGUGAUUCUUCUGACUCUGGAACUCCUAAUAGAUAUAAAGCUUCUCCAGUUUUCAAGUGCUUCCCAAUUUGCAGGAGUAAUUCACUGGAUCAGCCUAGUCAUCCUCUCUGUUUUCUUUUCAGAGACUAUUUUGAGGAUUGUGGUCCUUGGCAUAUGGGAUUACAUUGAAAACAAAAUUGAGGUGUUUGAUGGUGCUGUCAUCAUCUUGUCCUUGGCACCCAUGGUGGCCUCAACAGUGGCCAACGGCCCCAGCAGCCCCUGGGAUGCCAUCAGCCUUAUCAUCACUCUGCGCAUAUGGAGAGUGAAGAGGAUCAUUGAUGCGUACGUCCUUCCAGUGAAAGUGGAGAUGGAGAUGAUGAUUCAGCAGUAUGAGAAGGCAAAAGUUAUUCAAGAUGAGCAGCUGGAAAGACUAACCCAGAUCUGCCAAGAACAAGGGUUUGAAAUCAGGCAGCUGAGGGCCCACCUUGCCCAGCAGGAUUUGGACCUGGCUGCAGAGAGAGAGGCUGCACUGCAGGUCCCUCACGUGCUGAACAAGCAGAGCAGCAAGAGGUACAAGGUGGUGGCCACCGAAGACUCGGACGAUGAAGCCACUGAGAGCAUCACUGAGCUGCGCCCUGCACGAGAGGAUGACAUGAACAAUUACAUCAGCCGCUACUACAAUGAGCCCAGCAGUGACAGCGGAGUGCCCGAGGCCGCGCUCUGCGCGGUGACCACGGCCGCCAUCGACGUGCACCGGCCCAACGUCCCGUCGGAGCUGUUCGCCGUGGAGGUGCCGCUGCGCCUGGGCAGCACCGGCACCUCGGCCAGCCUGACGUCGGGCAGCGCCUCGCGCUCCAGCGGCAGCUCGGGCCCGCGGGGCUGCAGCGAGAGCAGCCAGACGCUGGGCUCGUCCCCGGACUGCAGCGCGGCCUGCGAGGAGCCGGCGGCGGCGGGGCCCGGCCGGCCGGGCGUGCCGCACAGCGUGGUGCAGGAGCUGCUCUCGUCCCUGUCGGAGGAGGCCUGCCUGGCGCAGAAGGGGCUGGAUCCUGUCAACCUGAAGCUGCCCAGCCCCGCCGGCUCCCUGGGGGCCAGCCCCGACCUGGGCCACCGGCUCAGCGUCUACAACCGCAGGAACCAGGAGAGUCUUGAUGUCUUCCAGCUCAAGCCACUCCUCGACUGCCCUCAGGGGGCCCCAACGAUUGAGGACAAGUUCGGGGCGCUGGGGCCGCCAGAGGCACGGCUGGGCAGGGUUCCUGAGGCGUAGGCCAGCCCGGGGAACGGGGACACGCUCGCCACGCCUGCCGCGAGGCUGCGCGGGCCAGGUGGCGGUGCUUAGAGAAACCGGCACCUCCUGCGACGGCCACCAGCACAGAGCCAGCGUCACCUCUGCCCACCAGGGUCUGUGGCACGCCAUGCGCCUGCCCUGCCACCAGUCUGGGCCAGCGGGGACCUGUGGUGGCCAUGUGGGACCCGUGUGGGACCAAGGGACCUUGCAGCAGUCGUAGGCCAAUAUGGACCCGCAGUGCCUGGAGGGACGCGGGAACUGUGCCGGGAACAGCGCGGAACUCGCACCAGUGUGGGGCCAGCACAGCCCCGCAGUGCCGGGGGCAGGACAGAGCUGCUGGACAGCUUGGGCCCAGCCUGGCUCCCCAGUCAGACCCCCCAGCCUGACCUGCCCAGGGCUGAGCGUGGCUGGGAGGGGUGUGGAGAUGGGAAUAAACGCUGACAAACAUACACAGCCUCCUGCCUUGUAUCGCUCUUGCCUUCUCGUACCUGCCUUCCCUG